AUGUCCGCUCAAAUCAGCAAAAAGCGCAAGUUCGUAGCUGACGGUGUAUUCCGCGCCGAACUCAACGAAUUCUUCACUCGCGAACUCGCCGAGGAGGGUUACUCUGGAUGUGAUGUCCGUGUCACCCACGCCCGCACCGAGAUUAUUAUCCGUGCUACACACACCCAAGAGGUCCUUGGUGAGAAGGGCCGCCGCAUCAGGGAGUUGACUGCACUCGUCCAGAAGCGUUUCAAGUUCCCCGAAAACUCUCUUGAGCUUUACGCGGAGAAAGUACAAUACCGCGGUCUUUCUGCUAUUGCUCAAUGUGAGAGCUUGAGAUACAAGCUCCUUGGUGGUCUUGCUGUCCGCAGGGCAUGCUACGGUGUCCUUCGCUUCGUCAUGGAGUCUGGUGCAAAGGGUUGCGAGGUGGUUGUUUCCGGCAAGCUUCGUGCUGCUCGUGCCAAGUCGAUGAAGUUCACCGAUGGAUUCAUGAUCCACUCUGGUCAGCCCUCGCGAGACUUCGUUGACUAUGCCGUGAGACACGUCCUACUCCGCCAGGGUGUCCUUGGUAUCAAGGUUAAAAUCAUGAAGGGCUAUGACCCCGAAGCCCCUUCCGACUCCGUCCAGAUUCUCGAGCCCCCUCUCGACAAGACUGUCUCGGAACCUUCCUCAGAGUCAAGAGAGCCUGCCAUUGUUUCCGCUCCACCCCCAGCUGCAGAGGAACCAGCUGCAUAUGCACAGGAGCCAGCUUACCAACAGGAUGCGUACGGCGAGCAGCCUGCAUUUUGA